GAAAUGAUUUAAUCUAUACUUUAAAUAAAGACAGAGGAUUUAAAAGGUUGCGUGGUAACUAUAUGUCUGGGUUAUGAUACUUUUUUAAACAGUUAAUUACUCGUGAUUAGUGUGUAAACGUUGAAAAUUCUAGUGGAUUUCAUUAUGUCAUGUUUACUGGCGUGGUUUCGCAUAGAAAUAGAAACAAGCGUAAAAGCGAGUAGAGAUAAAUCAUAUAAUCUAUUUUUGUAAAAUAGGGUUGUCAUAAACAACCCUUCUCAAGUUAAUUAUAAAUUGUGACCGACAUACUCCUGCCGAAGUUACUUUGUCUGCAUAAUUAAAAAUGACAGAAGAAUUACCACCAGAGGUGACCAAACACAGUUUUCGCCUGAAAAUAUGGGAUUAUCUGAUGAAAAAUGAGCUAGUCCAUUUUCCUUUAAGCGUAUACGACCGUAUACCAAACUUCAAAGGUGCGGCUGAAGCAGCUUCACGGUUAGCAGAGCUAGAGGAGUUCAAGAAGGCACAUAUUAUAAAAAUAAAUCCGGACAAGCCACAGGAACCUGUGAGGUUUUUGGCAUUGGAAGCCAAUAAAGAAAUACUGGUUCCAAUUCCAAGAUUGAGAUCUGGUCUGUUUUUUCACGUUACACCGGUAGCUGGCAUCACUAAGAAUGAGCUGAGAACUCUGUCUAAAAUUCAUGGUCUAAACGAAGCUGGUAAAUCACUUGGAAUAGACUCCAAGAUAAAGAUAGACCUUGUGAUAUUGGGAUCAGUAUGUGUGAGUCGCGACGGGUACAGAUUAGGUAAAGGCAAAGGAUUUGCAGAUCUAGAGUUUGCUUUGAUGGUGAGAAUGGGUGCAGUUACACAGGACACUACAGUCAUCACAACAGUGCAUGAUUGCCAGGUGGUUGAUAGCUUGCCACCAGCACUGUUCAAAGAGCACGACGUACCUGUGGAUAUAAUUGUUACACCAACCGAAACAAUAAUAGUCAACCCAAGAUUAAAAAAACCAACUAGUAUAAUAUGGAACAUGCUGAGCGAAAAGAGACUGGAGGCCAUGCCGGUAUUGCAACAGCUGAAAGAGAUGGACGAGAAAGACGGCAUAGUAGUGAUCCUGGGUCAGAACGAACCCGAUUAUGUGCGAAACAAGAGACCUCCUCGAACAAGGAGAGGUGUUCUCGCAGACGGUUGUGGAGGAGAACGAGAAAAGCCAACGAAAACGGGUUUCCCAAGAGGAUCUUCAUUUCGCAAAGCCAAGGCCGAUGGCGAUACUAAUGUAGCCUCUAGCGAGGUGCAGGAGAAGCUUCCGAAUGGGGUCAAGCAGCGUUCCAAGAAGCCAAGAUCGAAAUCUAGAUUACAGAUCGACUUCUCUUUAAAGCUGUCGAACAUCUCUUCCUACGCAAGAAUUCGCGACCUGAAGAACGAACUAUCAGUGCGUGGAGUCAAACCGAAUAAGAUCAUAUGGCAGGGCUGUCGCGGGGUCUGUUAUCUGCACUUUAAUAAGCUCAAGAAGAAAACCGAUUUGCCGGAACAGCCUAUACAGGUCGACUCGAUAAUGGCGAACCUGCGGGAUCUGCGAAUCGGUGAGUCUUCCAACGAGACCGAUUUUAUAAUAGUGGAACCUACGAAACCAAUCUCGAGAAUCGAGGUCACCGAUGUGACAGCUGUUUAAGUAGGUCGUGGUACUUCCUCGAUGAGCAACUAUCUCUAACGAUGUACAGGGUGUAUGAAAAUAUAAUAGCAAAGACACUCUGCCCAUCAUUUAGAUAAUUGCAGAAAUUAAGUAUUUUUUACAGUGCUUGCGAUCGGGACGAAUUUUCACGAAUCAGUAGUCGUUUAUAACUUUUUUAAAUGUACAAAGCUUUACAGGUGAAACGCCAGAUGUAUAUAGAUACGAAGCGCAAAGUAAUCGUCUCUGACUUGUACAUAAUUAAUUUGUUAAGGCAUUUAAUUUGUAAUAGAUCGAUAGUCAAUCCGGGAAAGACUACCAAGCUUUACGUUUCGAUACAAACUUUAAAUCGCUAAGUUAUUUAAUCGAAAUCGUGUCUUUUCUUUCUAUUUAUGGUUGGUUAACAAGUCCAUGACAAUAUUAUAGUUUUUGGAUAGCUUCGAUAACAACUACUGUGAUUACGUAAAAAAUAUUUAACUGUAAGUGAUAGUGGAUUUGAAUGAUUUUUCGCGUGACCGGUUGCCAGAAGCCAAAUGACCGGGAUGCAUAUCUGUGUGGCAUUCGAUAACGCUUAUCUGACCCUACAGACUGAUGAUGAUAGUUUAAUUAAUCGUUAAAGAAAACUACCUCCCGAGAAAAGUAUACAGCGAAACAAAAAAAAUAGAAAAUAUUGUGAGAAAUGCAUCAGAUCGUUCCACAGGAAAUCCUUCUUCUUUAACUUUGAAUAAUCAAGCACUAAUCGUUGAGGGUAGCUAUAGUGUGAUAUGAUUUUUGUUCACUUACAAUGUUAAUUUCGUCGAUCCGUGGAACGAUUUGACAUUUGACAUAUAACCUUGACAUAAUUUUCAUCCCAGUUAAUUCCAUUUAUCGAGUACUUUUCGCAGGGGGUAAUAUUCGGGGCAUAUAAUAAACGAACAUCGAGUACGUUAUUUUUCUGAAAGAAUAUUUUUGCAGAUGGUAAAAUAGGAAUAUAAAAUUCAUUCUAUUUUCAUGCUGAUAUAGCGUAACCUACGACGGCAUUGUGAUGGAGCACUUAUACGUAAUUGUAAUCUGUGUGCUAGUAUAAGAAGCAAUAUUUUUGUGAUAUAUUAACAGACACAAUCUAUCGUUCAUUGAGAUCGUAGAUAAUUAUUAUGUUGUUGGUUUUUGUUAUCACCGCAGUUACUAUUGAUAUUAAGCAGAAAUUAUAUCCUGUAUCUGCUGGUCGAAUCUUUGAUACAGUAAAUCCGUAUAUUUUGUCGAUUUAUUUUCAAGCUAAGAAUAAAUGGAUAUUUUCAAGGCUGAGA